AGCUGACUGGAAACGUCAAACGAAAGCAAAUGCAAAUUGUUUAUGUGGAAAUUUAGUUCUCUCUUUGCAUUGUUGUAAAAUUCAUCUGGUGCACGCCUGCACUAGUGAUAAGAACGGAUACAUUCAUCAAGUGCUUCAUUCCCAGCAAACUAGCAUGCUGUUUUACCAUGUAAAGGAAGUGUUGUUAAAAUUUUACCAAGAUGAUAUCGCUCGCGUUAUUGCUGCGGCCGUGUUGGUAGCAGCACUGAUCAGCACACUUUAUCUUAGCUCUAUCAUCGGACUGACGAUACUGUUGUUCUUCAUCAACGGUUGUGCCGCGGCGGUAUUUGUGCUGAACCAUAAAGACACCUUCGGGAGAUACAUACAGAAGGCGAAAGAUUUCUUUGGCUUCAAGGAUUACGAUGGAUCUAAUCGCCUCGAGUGCAAUGUAUGUGGCAACGACCGAUGUCCGCGACACAACCGCAGCGUGCUGGUCCCGAAACCAUCGCAAGGAUUUUUAAUCGAUCGUCCACUGGACGAGGCCAUAGACAGGUUUUUUACGCACAUACUGGAUAAUUUUAUUCGAAGUUGGUACAACCAGGUAACACCCGACGAAGAGUUCCUGUACCACCUCAAAUCCACCCUCCGAGAUGCGCUCUGUCGCUUGGUGCUACGCGCGAAGGAAAUCGAUGCACCGGGAGUGAUAAUGAAUCGGUUGCUUCCAACCGUGUUCAUACACUACGAAAUCAUCGCCAAAAUGUUGCUCGUGGAUCACGUCCCUAUGGACAAACUGGCCAAGACUUUCGUUAUAGAUGAGUAUCCCAUCCAUCCGGCAGUGCUAAAUCGAGGGGCGGAGUUGAACUACCUGCGGGGAGUAGCGAAAGUACUCCUUCCUAGGCUUUUUACAGCAGAAAAUACGAGCUGCAAGAUUUUCUUCAACCUUAUCAAAGAGUUACUGACAUUCUGGGUGCUUUUGCCGAUAAUGGACGUUAUCGCCGACCCAAAUCUGAUAAAUUUACUCAUCAUAAUUGCCACCGAUAAGCGCAUGAAGGAUGGUUCCCGUAAAGCGGCCGAUGCGGCUAAAGAACAAGGCCAGGAAAAGGUAGAAAUAUUGGGUGAUUUUGUUGGUCGCAGUUUACGGAAGAUCGAGUGUGGCGUAGAGAUAAGCGUCCCGCAAGAGAUUCUUUGGGAGGAUAAGGACAAGCUGUACUACUUUAUGCAGUUUCUGAUCAAGGAGGGAUCGGUUGAAUUGUUGCAGUUCUAUUUGGAUGUUGAUAACCUAAACAAAGAGUUGGAAGAUCCCCACAUUACCACGGACCCUACGAAACUGUCCUCAUUGCAUCAGCAGUCAGAAAAACUGUUUCUCAAAUAUCAAUCCAUGGUUAAAUCCACUGGAAGCCUGCUUGGUGGUGAAGAGUCAACCCCCGUCGGUACACUCACGGAAGCACACGAUCGUGUGCGGUUGAAGCUAGAAGAGAAAUGGUUCAAGCAGUUCAGCAAAACAUCGGAAUACUUUACCUUGGUCUACGGAGGACGCGAAAUACGAGAGCCGUACGAUAAGAGAGGCAAUGACGGAAUCAGUGGAACCAGCACGAAAUUUAGCUCCAAAUUCAAGGAAGUCAUCCGAGGCGCCGUUGACGGUGCACCCAUCGAAGCCACCGAGUCACCUACGGUUUGGGACGCGUUGAACGAUGUCCACCCGAGCAACAAUAUUUACAAUUCCGUGACGCAAAAGCUGCGCAAAGAGAAGGGCCAGAGCUUGGACGUUUUUAUGACCACUUUUAUGCAUUCCAUUGAGCAAAGUCCGGAUAUUGGUGAGGAUGUUGUGCUGGAAAAGGAACCGGUUAAGAAGAAAACAAAAAUUCCCGGCCAAAGCAUUGUAUUCGGAGAUUUGUUCGAGCUGAAGAAGGCUUCCAAAAAUACUCACACUACAACAUUGCUGUCGCACAGCGUACGGGGUCCGUCCCAGUGCUUCGUAUACAUUCUGGUCAAAGUACUCAAUGCGCCCUUCAUAAUCGUCCGUUUGGCUCUCGCGUUUUGCUGCGUUUCCCGCAAAUCUGUCGACACGCUGAUCAAUUCCCUCACGGCGAAGCUGAUACGGGCAGGGCUGAAAGAAAGCAGGCUAGCGUUUCUCAUCAAUCUGCUACGCGAGCACGUAUUUCUUCGUAAGCAACCGGAACCCACCCCGUCAAUGCUGCUGAAACGGCAGCAAGAGGCUCGCAAGCGGCUGGAAGACCUUCGCCGGGGGCUGGGCAAUGUGGCCGACGUGUUGCAAUCGCCGGUGCUGAACAAACAUCUAAUGUAUUGCCUAUUUGAUAUUCUACUGGCGGAGAUGUACCCAGAGUUUGAUGAAUCGCCGAGCGGUAAGGAUUAGUUGUAGGAAAAUUUACAGAUGAGGCUCUCUUGCGGUAACGAAUAAUAAUAUUCCCUAAUGAAAUACUGUG